UGAAAUUUCCACACCAGGAAGUCAUGAAGUAUUUCACCUUUAUGUUUGCAAGUUGACUUGUCUACAACAAUAAUGCAUUGAUAACACUGUAUAGAUGGACUAGAAGUUCCUAGUUAGUUACACAUCACAAAGAAAUAACUCAACAAGAUAUGGUAUACCAACAAUUGCUAACACCUUUCUGCUUCUAUUCACUUAUUAUUAUACUUCUUGUUCAGCAAUCGCAGCUUACUGUCUUCGCAUUUGCUGGGAAACAUCUCUGUGCCCGCGAUGACGCUUUGUAUUUGCUUCAGUUUAAGCAAGGCUUCACAGCUGUUGGUUCAAAUUUUAAUGACUGUGACGCCCGAGACAAGACUUUGUCCUGGAAUGUUACAGGAGACUGUUGUGAAUGGGAUGGUGUUACUUGUGAUGUAUUUUCGGGUCAUGUCAUAGGCCUUGAUAUCUCAUGCAGCUUACUUUUUGGAGCAAUCGAUGCUAACAAUAGCCUCGCAAAACUUGGUCAUCUCGAAAGACUCAACCUAGCUUUCAACCAGUUGGAUGACUUUCCACUUGGAAAUAGCAUUAGUGAACUCAGUAGCUUGACGCAUCUCAAUCUUUCAGCUUCUGGAUUUAAUGGAGGGACGAUGAUCCCACCAGGAUUAUCCGAGUUGUCUAAGUUGGUUUCACUUGACCUAUCCAGGCAUUACAACGAUCUCCAAGUUGGUCGAACAACUUUACAAAGUUUGCUUCGAAACUUAACCAACUUAGAGGUACUGUUGAUUGACAAUGUAGACGGUGAACCAGCUGAGUUACCUACGAAUUUUUCUUCUUCCCUUAGGUACUUAAGUCUUCCAGGCACCAACAUGUUUGGGGACAUAAGUGAUUCACAACUUUUUCAUCUACCAAACUUGCAAGUGCUCAAUUUGGCAAGGAAUCCUUCAAUAACAGGCACUUUGCCAAAUUUCAACUGGAGUUUCAGUGGAAGUAUUUUAGAGUUGGACUUUACCAAUACUCGAAUUGUUGGGAAGUUACCUGAUUCAAUUGGCAACCAUCGUUCUCUUUGGUAUUUGAACCUCAAGUAUUGUACUCUAUCUGGCUCGAUACCAGAAUCCUUCGGCAACCUCACUGCAAUGAGAGAGUUGACGCUUUCAUAUAACAGCUUAACGGGUAAUGUUCUCUCGAGUAUCUCAAAAUUAAACAAACUUGUUCAUUUAGACCUCACUGACAACCACUUUCAAGGCUCGUUUCCAGAGUCUAUUGGCAACCUGACUGCACUCAAAAAGUUGAGGCUUCCAUUCAACAACUUCACGGGCGUAGUUCCCUCAACAUUCUCAAAGCUAAACAAACUCGUUGAGUUAGAUCUCUCUUCCAACCAUUUCCGCGGCUACAUUCCAGAAUCCAUUGGUAACCUCACUUCAAUCAGAACGUUGACACUUUCAUCCAACAACUUCACUGGUUAUGUUCCCUCGACUCUCGGAAAGCUGAACAAACUUCAGCUCUUAUCUCUCUCUUUCAAUAAUUUUGAAGGCUCGAUUCCGGACAUCUUUGCCAACUUUUCAGAGCUAACUGAAUUAGGUCUUGGUACUAACAAUUUCACUGGAUCAUUCCCCUAUUCAAUUGCAUCCUUGACUAGCCUUGUAAUUGUAGAGUUGCAAAACAAUUCACUAACCGGUCCACUUCCCUCUAAUAUAAGCGGACUUCAAAAGUUACAGCAACUUGAUUUGUCCUUCAAUCAUUUCACUGGUGCAACACCCUCUUGGCUAUUCCACCGUGUAUGGUAUUUAUACCUUCAACACAAUCAAUUUACUGGAAAAUUGCCGAAUGAGCGCAAGAGCAACUACUCAAGUUCCGUUAAACUAGAUCUUUCAUACAACAAGUUGUACGGUGAAAUCCCUGAUUGGAUAUUGUCCAUGAGCGUUGGAGUAGCCUACCUGGAUCUCUCUCAUAACUUUCUCACAGGCUUUGAAAACCAAGUAUGGCGCUCAGAGUACUUGUUCUACCUUAACUUGGAGAACAAUUUUCUUCGAGGGCCUUUGCAUCAAUCCAUUUGCGACAUGAUUAACCUUCAACUCCUGAUUUUGGCUCAGAACAAUUUCAGUGGUUCAAUUCCAGGAUGUUUAGGUAACUCCAGUAGCCGCAUUUCUAUUCUAGACUUGCGAAUGAACAAGUUUCAUGGAGAGAUACCGAGAUUCUUACCUACAGGGUUACAAUAUCUUGGUUUAUAUGGCAAUCAAUUCGGGGGACAAGUCCCGCAAUCCUUGGUGAAUUGUACAAGCUUGCAAGCUCUUGAUUUAGGGAAUAACAAGAUAAACGACACAUUUCCCAUAUGGCUGGAGAAACUUCCAAACCUACAAGUUAUGAUCCUAAAAUCAAAUCUCUUUCACGGUCCAAUUGGUGAUUUGGAAUCCGAGUUUCCAUUUCCUGAGUUACGAAUCUUUGAUCUUUCUUUCAAUGGGUUCACUGGAACUUUGCCAUCUAAUCUUUUCAAAAGUUUUAAAGGUAUGCUGGACGUGGAUGAAGAAAAAGCAGGAACCACUCGAGAUAGGAUUAGCUGGGAUUACCCUUACCAUGUUAGUUUGGUGAUAAAAGGUAAUGAAUUUGACAUGAGAAUCACGCCAAUUAUGACGAGUAUUGAUUUAUCAAGCAACAGAUUUGAAGGAGAUAUUCCAAAUUCCAUUGGAAGUCUGAGCUCACUUGUGUUACUCAACGUAUCUCACAACAACUUUCGCGGUUAUAUUCCUGAAGAAAUCGCAAAGUUGCAUGACCUCGAGGCAUUAGAUCUCUCAUGGAACAAACUCACUGGAGAAAUUCCUGGUCAGUUUUCGAGUCUGACAUUUCUCGCGGUCUUAAACCUUUCGUACAAUCAUCUUGCCGGGCGCAUUCCUCUUGGGAAGCAGUUCAACACAUUUUCAAAUGAUUCGUACUGUGGAAAUCCUGAUUUAUGUGGAUUUCCGCUAUCAAUGGAAUGUGGAAACAAUAAUGUAUCGGAUGAGUCAGAUGACGACGAUAACGAUGAAUCAUUUUUUGCCAGUGGGUUCUCAUGGCAAUCUGUGGUCAUAGGGUAUGGUUGUGGUAUGAUUUUUGGAUUGUUCAUAGGGGGCCUCAUGUGCCUACUGGAUAAACCAAAAUGGUUUGUGAACUUUGCUGAAGAUAUUGCACAGCAAAUUGUUUACAGGAAGCGAACAAGGCAAAAGGAGAGAUGCCAAAGACACGGCUUAAGAAUGACAUAGCAAUAUACCAGAUAAUGCUGGAGAAUUGGACAAAUUUUUACACACUAUUUUUCCUAUUAGCAAGUUAGUGGCAAUAGAUGUUCUGGCAAAUAACAAUGGAUGUAUCUGUUUCUUUACUUUAUGCCCAUGGUUGCCAACUACCUAUGUUACAGUUGAUUUCUACACUGUUUGGAAUGGUUGUUACAUAGUCUCAGAAUGUAUCCUGUUAUAUUGAUUUUGCUGUAUUGUUAGUUUGGUAAUAUGUAUCCUCUAUUGUCUA